AUGUUCCGACGCAUCAUAACCACCCCUUCUUUUGAAAUUGGAUGUAGAAGCCUGCAGACACUGGCAUUGGGGCUGAAGGAAACUGCCCCAUGCACCAGUUGUAGCCUUAGGAAUGAGCCUGAUGGACCAAAAAUGGUCACAAGCCUUCCUGGUCCAGAGACACUUAAGUUGAAGCAAGAACUCGAUAAAAUUCAAUUUUCCAGAAAACACAAAUGCCACAAGAAUAACUAACUAAAGAGUUGUUGGGGUAAAGAUCCACACACAUAAUACUGAUGCAUGUCAGCUCUUCAUUGACUAUGACAAGAGCCAUGGGAAUUACAUGGUUGAUGUUGACGGGAAUGUCAUUCUGGAUAUGUUCGCCCAGUUCUCCUCAACUCCUGUGGGGUACAACAAUCCCACCUUGUUGCAGGCUAUAGAGGAAAAUCAGAGUAUGUUUGUUAACAGACCUGCACUUGGAAAUCUUCCACCAAAAGACUGGGCAGAGAGACUUAAAAACUCUUUGUUGUCUGUUAGUCCUAGAGGGUUGAACCAGGUGGUCACUAUGGCUUGUGGCUCAUGCUCCAAUGAGAAUGCAUUCAAGGCUAUGUUCAUGGCAUACAGAAGGCGGGAGAGAGGAGGAAAUAACUAUAGCCUUGAAGAGAUGGAAUCGUGUCUGAAGAAUGAGGCUCCAGGUUGUUCAGAUCUCAGCAUUCUGUCCUUCUAUGGGGCGAAUCAUGGUAGGACAAUGGGUUCCCUUGCUGCCACCCAUACAAAGUGGGCUCACAAACUUGACUUCCCAACAGUUGAUUGGCCAUUUGCAGACUUCCCUAAACUUAAAUAUCCACUGGAGGAAUAUGUUGAUGAGAAUAGGAAGGAAGAAGAGAGGAGUCUAGGGCAGGUAUGUGAUCUCAUAGAAAAAUACAAUAAGAAAGGCAGACACGUAGUUGGUGUAGCAGUGGAACCAAUCCAAGCUGAGGGAGGAGACAACUAUGCCUCACCAGAAUUCUUCAGGGCACUACAGAGGAUAUGCAAACAGAAUGGGUGUUACCUAUUGGUUGAUGAAGUACAAACAGGUAUGGGCAGUACAGGAUCUAUGUGGCAACAUGAAACUUGGGGCCUGGACACACCACCAGAUGCUGUUUCCUUCUCUAAGAAAAUGAUGACUGGCGGCUUUUAUUAUUCUGAUGAACUUCGACCAUCAGAGGGCUACCGUGUAUUCAACACAUGGAUGGGUGAUCCGGGACGUGUGGUUCUACUGGAGGCCUUAAUCAAGGUAGUGAAGCAAGAGGAACUGUUAAGGAAUGUGACCAGGUCAGGGCAGACUUUGCUACAGGGAGUUAUGAGCUUACAGAAUGAAUAUCCUCAUUUGUUGAGCAAUGCCCGAGGUUCUGGGGCAUUCCUGGCAAUAGAUGGCAGUUCAGGAUCAUUUAGGGACACAUUAGCAGUCAGGUUAAGAAAUGCAGGUUUACACACAGGGGUCUGUGGCCCAAGGACUUUACGCUUUCGUCCUAUGUUGAUCUACAGAGAGAAGCAUGCCUUUAUUGCAUUGGACAUCAUGAGAGACACUGUCAGAGAGAUGAAUGAUAAAGUAUGGUGAGAAAUAACUCAGGAGAAUCAGUGUUACUAAAUAUUAUAUUUGAUAUAAACAAUGGCGAGGUCUUUGUUUGCAGAGAUAUUUUUAAACAUUAAGUGUAUGAGAAAAAUAGCUACAAGUGUUUACUUCAGAUGAGUCCAUUUGAAAAGAAGUGCACGUUUUAUUUACAUGUUUUAUGUACCAUCAGUGUUUCCAAUAUAUUGUGGGUAGAUUUGUAUAGCACAAAUUGGUUCCUCCAUUUACUGUAUCUGAUUUUAAAUACUUGUGCACUCCAGCCUAUAUGGUUUCUCAUACACUUAAGAGAAUACACUUAUAUUAUAGAUACAUGUGGUGGUAACAGCCUUUUAUCUGUG